AUGAUGGAGAAGUGUCGAGUGUCUAACAGCCUUCUCUCCGCCCUGGUCGUGCUCACCUUCAUCCUCACAGGUGUGCAUGGAUGUGACUUAUCUCAGCCCGUCUGCGGUGCUGCAGCUGAAGGAGACGUGACGAUCGGUAUCAUGUUACCGUGUCAUCAGAAGGUGUCUGCGCUACAUGAACGGAUCACACCAGAGGGCUUCCACUGCUCAGAUUUCGAUCUGGAGUCCUUCAUGUUGUCUUUGGCUAUCAUUCAUGAAAUUGAGGUGAUAAAUGCAGCUGCUUUCCUCCCUGGAGUUCGUCUUGGAUAUUUGAUGUGUGACACAUGUUCAUACGCCAGCAAAGCUCUGCAGAACGUUGAGCACAUGCUUGCAGUCAACAAGUCUCUGAGUGUAAUGUGUGAUUACACAAACUCCAUACCAACUGUCAAGAUUAUCUUAGGAGGGCUGUACUCCGAGGUUUCUAUCGCAAUAGCCAGACUGCUCAAUGUCUUCAUGGUCCCUCUGAUGAGCAGCACGUCAUCUUCACCAGAGCUGAGUGACAAGACGCGCUACCCGGUGUUUGUGCGCACCAUUCCUAGUGAUGUACAUCAGACCAAAGCUUUGGCCAAAGUUAUGCUUCACUACGACUGGAACUGGGUUGGCGUCGUGUACGGGGAUGAUGAUUAUGGCAGAGCAGCUUUCCGGAGCUUCCUCAGGCACACUGAGGAGAAUGGUGUGUGUUUGGCCUUCCAGGAGGUGCUGCCUCAUUACCUGGACCACUCUGACAGGGAGCGCCGUAUCAGGCAGGUAGCUGAAAAGAUCCGCUCCUCCAGUGCACAAGUGGUUCUCCUAAUCCUCAAAGCAGAGCUGGUGAAUUUCCUCUUCAGAGAAAUGAUGAGGACCAACACCUCACGGAUCUGGAUUGCCAGUGACUCCUGGUCCAGUAGUUGGGCUCUUGCUCAAAUGGACGGUAUUAACACUCUGGGGGACAUCCUGGGUUUUACCUUUGUGGAAGGAAAGAGUGAAAUGUUUGAUAGCUACCUCAAGAAUCUUACAGCAACCCCAGGAGGACACAACCUCUUCAUUGAAAAAUACAAAAACAUCAGAUUUAAUUGCACCCCAGAGUGUUUCUCCAGCAUGCCUCCAUCUUACUGCCCAUCAAAUGAACUGCUAAAGAUCAAAUCCAAUGAAGCCUGCAACAUCAACAACCCCCAGGAACAAAAUGAUGACUAUCUUGUAAAGGCUCUGGACACAAGUAAGGCCUUUCCUCACAGAAUAGCAGCGUGGGCUGUGGCAAACGCUCUCAAAAAGCUACUGAAGUGCGACAAUUCUUCAUGUUCAGGAGACACUAACUUCCCCCCAUGGAAGCUUCUCGUUGAACUAAAGAAUGUGAAGUUCAAGCUUGAUGGUCAGGUUUUCUACUUCGAUGAAAACGGCGAUUUUUUAAAUGGUUAUGAUCUGAUGAUGUGGGAAAAGGGCAGCCAGCACAGAAGAUUAAGAAGGAUUGGGAAAUAUCAUAUUCCCGGUGAACGCAUAGAGCUCCAUGUGAAAAAUUUAAACUGGCUUUCAACCGGCAACAGCACGACUCCUCAGGCCAGGUGUUCACAGCGAUGUGCGCCAGGUUCAGUAAAGAAGAUCUUGAACGUAUCCUGCUGUUACAACUGCACUCCAUGUGUGGCAGGGACCUUCUCUGAUGAUACGGAUCUUCAUGUGUGUAAAAAGUGUCCCAAUGAAACCUGGUCUCUGGAGGGUUGGAGUGAGUGCAAGCCGAGAUGGGAGUCGUUCCUACGGUGGAGUGAUGCUCACCCCAUCAGCAUGGUAGUGGCCGCAGCCUUUGGUAUCCUGCUGCUGUUUGUAGUUUUGGUUAUCUUCUUAGUGCACAGAGACUGCCCUCCAAUGAAGAAAGCAGAGGUGAGACUGUCCUGUGUGAUGAUGGCCGGUCUGAUGGUAAGCUUUGCAAGUGUUAUAUGCUUCAUAGGAAGACCCAGCAUGCACCUCUGCCAGGCCCGUCAGGUGAUGUAUGCGAUGGGCUUCACCUUGUGUGUAUCCUGUAUCCUUGUCAAAGCUUACCGCACCUUCCUGGCUUUCCUUCCCUUUGGUCAGAUCACAAACAGGUAUCUACACGAACUUUACAAACCGCCUGUGAUUGUCCUCAUCAUCACGUCUCUGCAGGGUGUCAUCUGUCUCCUCUGGCUGCUAUUUGACUCUCCCCAUGUUGACAACACUCCUCCGUCCCCGCACAGCAUGGUGAAGAUAAUCCAAUGCAGCGAAGGAACCACAUUCAUAGGUUUUGGCGUGAUGCUUAGCUACAUUGCUCUGCUGGCUUUGGUUUGUUUCCUCCUUGCCUUUAAAGGGAGAAAGGUUCCUCAAGAGUUCAGUGAAACUGGCUACAUCAUCUUCAGCAUGCUCAUGUAUCUGUUUGUCUGGGUGUGUUUCAUCCCAGUGUAUAUCACCCAUGAUGAAAAAAGGACUCCUGUGCAGGCUUCAGCCAUUCUGGUGUCCACAUACGGUAUCAUCUUCUGCCAUUUUUUCCCCCGCUGUUACGAGGCUCUACGAGGGACAGAGACAGAUACUUUUGAAAGGAUCCUGAAGAGAUGGGGAGCAUCUAUACUGAGCAGCCUGGAAACACCACAACCCAAAGAUGCUGAGGAGGUCAUUAAACCAGUUUCACAUGAAAAGACUGAUCCUGUUCUUCUGUCCUAUAACCUGGGGGCGAACAUGAAAAAGAGACGCAGGAGUGUAUCCUGCUAA